AUGUCUGCCAUCUUCAAGUCGGGCAACACGGCCGUCAUCACCGGCGGCGCAUCGGGCAUCGGCCUGGCGCUCGCCAAGCGCUGCGCCGCCGCCGGCAUGAAGGUGCUGGUGGCGGAUCGGAACGCCGCGCUGCUGGCCGCCGUGCCGGCCGUCGUCGGCCCCGCCGCCGUCCCCUUCGAGAUGGACGUCGGCAGCGCGGCCGACUGGGAGCGGCUCAAGGCCGCCGUGGCCGCGGACCUGGGCGGCCGCGUGACGCUGCUGGCGCUCAACGCCGGCGUCGGCGGCGUCCGCGCCCUGUCGCUCGCCUCCCCCGAGGCCCCCGACGCCUUCCGCCGCGUCCUCGACACCAACCUCAUGGGCGUCGUCAACGGCCUCGCCGCCCUGCUGCCCAUCGUCCGCGAGACCGCGGCCGGCCCGGACCGCCCCGCCGCCGUCGUCGUCACCGGGUCCAAGCAGGGCAUCACCAACCCGCCCGGCAACCCGGCCUACAACGCGUCCAAGGCCGCCGUCAAGGCGCUGGCCGAGCACCUGGCCUACGACCUGCGCGACACGCCCGUGGGCGUGCACCUGCUGGUGCCGGGGUGGACGUGGACGGGACUCGGGGGCGGGGCGGCGGGGGUGCUGCGCGACGGCGGCGCCGCUGGGAGCGCCAAGCCCGCGGCCGCCUGGUGGCCGGAGCAGGUGGUCGAGUUCCUCGAGGCCAAGAUGGCCGCGGGCCAGUUCUGGGUCCUGUGCCCGGACAACGAGGUCUCGGAGCCGCUCGACCGCCGCCGCAUGCUGUGGUCCGCGGGCGACGCCGUCGAGGGCCGCAAGCCGCUGAGCCGCUGGCGCGACGAGUACAAGGACGAGGUGGCCGAGUGGAUGAAGCAAUGA